CAAUAUGAGUUGGAGUGAAAUCUGUGAAAACACCAAAAUGGGKCGAGAAUACGCCUUAUUGGGGAACUACGACACCGCUUUAGUCUAUUACCAGGGCGUCAUACAACAAAUCCAGAAGCUUGUUGUCCAGAUAAAGGAACCAGUCAGAAAGCAGAAGUGGCAAGAGGCCCGUCAGAUGAUUGUACAAGAAUAUGAACAUGUAAAGGACAUUAGUCAAACRCUGGCAAACUUYAAGAAAGAUACAGUACAAUAUGGUGGGAUGAGRCACGGYCAUGAGGAACCUACUAGGGACCCUGAUGUCUGGCCACCACCAACACCAGUUGAAAGGGACAAUAGACCAGCAAAGCAUGUCCCACGGCCUGUGGUCAAGAAGUCUGAUGAUAAUCCUCCUCCAUACCGUCAUGCAGCUCCAAGCAGACGACCUGAGAAACCAGUAGAUAGAGGAGUACGUAAGCCUGCAAAUCCAAGCAGUAAGCCGUCGAGGGACAACCGAAGGGAUGCUGGGAAGGGUAACCAAGGUAAAGGAGACAAAGAAAAAGGAAAGAAAGAUGAUAAAUCACAGGAUCCAGAGAACCCAGAUGAGAAGAAGUUUGAUGGCGGAGGAAUGGAUAAAGACCUUGUUGAAGCUUUAGAACGAGAUAUUCUUCAACGUAACCCAAAUGUACACUGGUCUGAUAUUGCCGACCUCUCUGAGGCUAAAAAACUCUUAGAAGAAGCUGUGGUCCUACCAAUCCUUAUGCCUGAGUACUUUACAGGUAUCCGCAGACCUUGGAAGGGAGUUAUGAUGGUUGGUCCUCCAGGAACUGGGAAGACAAUGCUGGCCAAAGCAGUCGCAACAGAGUGUAAAACAACAUUCUUUAAUGUAUCAUCGUCUACACUAACAUCAAAGUACAGAGGAGAAUCUGAAAAACUAGUCAGAAUCCUAUUUGAGAUGGCACGAUUCUAUGCUCCUAGUACCAUAUUCAUUGAUGAGAUAGAUUCUAUAUGCAGUCGCCGUGGUACUGACAGCGAACAUGAAGCAAGUCGYCGUGUCAAAUCAGAAUUAUUGAUACAGAUGGAUGGUGUUGGUGGCGCAGCUGAUGGCUCAGAGAGCUCUAAGAAUGUCAUGGUUCUAGCAGCCACUAACUUUCCUUGGGACAUUGAUGAAGCUUUACGCCGUAGAUUGGAAAAGAGAAUCUACAUUCCUCUCCCUACAAAGGAAGGAAGACUUGAAUUACUCAAGAUAAACCUGCGUGGUGUCAACAUGUCUGAUGACGUCGUGCUUGARGAAGUAGCUGAUAAAUUAGAUGGAUACAGCGGUGCUGAUAUAACUAAUGUCUGCAGGGAUGCGUCAAUGAUGGCUAUGCGAAGAMGAAUCAGUGGAUUGACACCUGAGCAAAUCCGUAACCUCCCGAAGGAGGAGCUGGAUCUKCCAGUCAACAUGGAAGAUUUUACACUGGCAUUAAAGAAGGUCUCCAAGUCAGUUUCUGAUGCAGAUAUCAAGAAAUAUCUAGAAUGGAUGGAGGAAUUUGGAGCCAACUAGUAUGUGAUUAAAAUCUAGGUUCUUCUUUUAUUUAAUUUGGAGGAUGAUUUGAGUACUGGUCAAAAUAGGUUGAGAUCAAAAACGUAAUUCUCCGUAUAAAUCCCUUUUUGAWUGCUAGAUAAUGUGAAUCUUUGAUUAAAAGCUUGAUUCUCCUUACUGAUACCUUAACUUUGGAGGAGAACAUGAGUUUUGAUUAAAGGAUUUUUACCAGUUAGCAUCUUCAUGUAUGUUAUACAAAUGUAGGUAGCCAGUCAAUAAUCAGAGUUAUUGCACRGCAAGCAACCAAUGAGUGACCGUUAUUUCAUUAAUAGCAUGUUUCAAUAAUUUAAAACGAGUGGYUGGAAAUUGAAAAAAAUAAAAUUUAUCAAUGUGUUUGAUUUCUUAAUUUAUUUUGAAAACUCAACAUAAUAUAUCCUAUAUUUAUUGAAUAAUAUUAUAUUAUACCCUGGGACGUUUGUUUCUUUCUUUAAUUUAUGCCGAUAACUUUACUGGAUAAGUUUCAUAGAUGUCAUAGAUGGGAGCAAUUAAUUUCGUUGUCUUGCAUCUUUACAAAUGUAAAUCAAGYUUAGUUCCUCUUUCCACCAAAAUAAAGUUGACUACUUUC